UAGAGAUAAACAAUAACAUGAUUUCUUUUGUGCCAAAAAUUGUUCACCCAAUUCAAUUGCACCCUUAAGUUGAUCUUCCUUAUACUAUCCUUUAUCCAAACACUACACAAAAACCAACCAAUCACUUUUUUCCAAAACAUAUUAUUAUAUAGCAGUGUUCAUUUGAGUCAUUCUAUGUGUUUUAAAUCAGUUUAAAAUCGAGUUUUAUGUCGAUGUUAGUUUUUACAUAAUUGUAAAUCCGUUUUUGAAGUCAGGCCAAAUCGAAUUCAGUUACAACAUCGAGUGAAUAUCAGAUUGUCGGGUCUGUUUUGAACAUAUCUCACCUUUCCCGCAAAUUAAGUUAAUUUGGAUAUAAUCAAUGGGUCCCUCAAGUAAAUAUAGCAAUAUUUAUAAUGAAGAAAAUGAUAUAAAAAAACGUAAUGAAGAGUUAGAAAAGAAAUUGAAAGAAAGCAUAGUAAGGGAAAAGAAGAUAAGGGAAGAAUUAGAUAGAGCAUUGGAAAGGGUUAGAGUGGCUGAGGAAGGAGAAGAGAUGCUUUGUUCUGAAUUAGGGCAGCUUGAAGCUGAAGCUGCUGAACAAGCUCGUGAUUUUCGUGCUCGAAUGUUAUCCAUGAUUGAACAACUUUCUCAAGCUCAAAAAAAAUUACAUCAAGUUCAAUCAAUUAUCAGGAUUUAGCAUUAAAAGAGAAAGCGGAUCGAGUAUAUUUAAGAAGAUGUAGAUAUUUAGUAAUUAAAAAAUAAAUAAAUGAAUGGUGUUAGAUGAAAUUUGAAGAGAGAUAGUAUAUGUGGAUUAAUUUACUAAAAGUGAUGGGUUUAUUUUUAAAAAUAGAAAUGAAAUAAAUGAGAAAGAUCGUCUAUAAUGAAAAAAUGAUGCUUAAUGAAAGGUACAUGGGGUGUAUUAAUUUAAGGUGAGUUGGAUUUGUAUAUAUGUUAUACGUACUUAUUUAUGUUUGAAUAUGUUUAUCUGUAUGAUAUUGUAAUUUGGAUAUAUUAUGUAACAAUUAGAGUUUGUUUGGUUGACACCGAGCAACAAAGAAA